AUGCCUCCCAUGGCUCUGACUGGUAUCGUGACCAAAGCCGGUUUCAUGAACAAAACAGCUACCGUCACAGUAUCCCGAUUCGUGGUGCACAAAACAACCCGGAAGCGUAUCGUGCGAAGCAAAAAGUAUCUUAUCCAUGAUGAGCAUAAUAGACUACGCGUGGAAGACGAAGUCAGGAUACGAAACUGCCCACCAAUCUCAGCACGAAAGCGCUUCAAGCUUGAGAAGGUCCUAUUCAGUCCCGAAGGCGAACGUGACGCCGCCCAUGCACUCCAGGCAGAGGAAGCCCUCAAGGCUGCCACUGCC